AUGGGAGCGUGCAAAAGAUGUGACCAACUACACCACACGUUGUUGCAUCCGCCACGUCGCCAACAACGGCAGCGAAGAGGUCCAUCGUCACACCGAAGGACGUCAAGCCCCCAACGCCCUAGAAGACCACAUAUCAAACACAGUCAACGUCAGCAUCAGAGUCGUCAGCGCCAGAGUCAGCCACGUCAGCACCAGAGUCACCGUCAACAUCAACAACGUCUACGUCAACACCAGAAUCAUCGUCAACAUCAACAACAUCAGCUUUCUCAACAACAUCAUCAUCAGCAGCAAAAAAACCAACAACCAACAGCACAACCAUCCAGUGUACCACAGCCGAAGCCAAAUGCGCAUCUUUUAGCCGACGCCAUAAAAUCACUGGCCGACGUGUUGUGCGUCGCCAGCAACCCAUAA